CCUUGUAAAUAUGUCACACAAAGUGCAUCCAAAAUUUUCAAUGAAACCACAAGCCCCAGAUAAAUCAGAAAAAAAACGAACUAACAGCAAAGAAAGCCAGCAGAAACUUUCAGAGUCAUCAGUCCAAGAGCUCUUUCCACUCAUUAUAUAACAAAAUAUAAUUCCCAUAAUAUCGUAAUGGUUCGUAGAAGGAUUCUGACGAAUUCCGCCAAGCAAACUUCGAUGAACGCCUAUCAGCAAUGGUGGCAACAGCAGCAAUAUGCCCGAAAUCCAAUGGUUGCCUCAAUGCCGGAAUAUUGGCACUCGGUGUGCAACAAAAUGGGCGGAGCAAUGCCGCGAAUGGCGUUACUGGUUCCGCCGGAAGUCAGCAGCCGGAAAUUAACUCGCUUGCGUCGCCAGCUGAUGAGACCUCCGAGGGAAACUAUUCCAAUACAAAGCUUUAUACCAAAUUAUGGACUGCAGCUGAAUCCACAGAUGCAAAUCCCAAGGGGAUAUGAAGUCCAAGGAAAGGCAUCCUGUCUGAAUCAAGGACUUUCCAAGGCGUCUCUAUUAAAACCAGGCUGCCUAAUGUCCGCUUACCAAAAUCAGUGCUUUAGAAAUCCACCAACAGGAGCUGGUGUUGCAACUUCGUCACAGCAGCAGCAUUACAAUCAGGAAAACUCAUUCGGCUAUCCCGAUUUGCACUGGCAACAGCAGCAAUAUCAAGUGCAACAGCAACACAAGCAAUUUCUAAUGCAACAGCAACAACGGGCGGUACCUUCUGGUAUUUUAAAAAACUCUUCAAGAACUGCAUCGAAUCAACGAGUGAUGGGAGAUUUCCAAAGUUACACUCCAUUUAAAAGAAAAAAGGUUUCCAUCAAGAGCACAACUUCGAGGUAUCAACAACCCAAAGUGGAGCAACUGAAAACCAAACCAGUAAUUCCAACCAAGCCAAGUAAAAAAAUUAAGCAAAAUGUAUUGAAGAAAGAGCGAGAACAACUGCAGCAGUUGCAAAUUGAACACGAACUUCUGAAACAACGCCAAAAUUUGCAGAGCGAGAAGGAGAAAGCGAAGGUGCAACAUCAAAAGUAUGUGCAACAGCAACAUCUGUUGCAACACCAACAGGACUUAAGAAAGCUGCAGCAACAUCGGAAGUCCCUGUUGCAACUUGACAAAAGUUCGAGCUUUAAUUUUGGUAAAUUAGCCAACCAUUUAAUCGAAGGCUGUAGAAGGGAUUCGGAUACAGAAACAUCCAUGUUUACGGCAGCAAAUGAUCAAAUUAAAUCCGAAAAGCAAUCAUUUAGGCCGCAAAACGUAAAGAAAGUUCAAAGUUCAAGAACUAAGAGCUUUGCAAGUGAAGAAACCAGACCGGAAAAACUACAAGCUAACCAGGAAAAGCCAGAAGUUUCCAGCAGAGUGGGUAAGGUUUCUUCUCGACGCUUUCUAGAUCGCCAAACAAAAAGGUUGGGUUCGGGAAACGAAAGUAGCACCAUAACCCUAACCACAGAGAAUUUAUCAAGGAGUCACACUUCGUUGACUGACAAAGCCACAAACACUAAGGCGGAUUCACUGAAUGGUUUUCUAAAAUCUGCUCCUCGAAAAUCCUUAUCGACGACAUCGGCAACUAGUAAAGGAUCAAAAAAGAUGAACAUAAAUGAGCUGUUGAGAAACGAGAAGGUCAGGGGAUUGGAUGGCAAUCCAAUGUGGGCUUCCUUAAUGCAACUUGUUGCCCACAUGUGUGAGGCCAAGGAAAAUGAGAAAGCCGAUGAGAAUCAAAAAAGUCGCCUUAGAGCAGGAUCUGGAACUGAUAAGCAACGAAAGCAGUACUCUGUGUAUCUCAUGGUUACUUCCGAUGAGGAGGAAGACGAAAAGAACUCAUCCAAAACAAAAGUCGAGACAUCUAGCAGUGAUCCAAACUUGGCGAGUAAUUCUGGUUUCAAUGGAGGAGAUGACUACACCAAUAAGUGUUUCGAUCUCUACCAGGAAGAGCAUCAGAAGUUAGGUCGCCAUAAACGCAAGCGUACAAGGCUAAGUUCCCGUCUGGACCAGCUGUCCAUUCCCUAUCCCAGCACCCAGACUCAGGUGCCAAUGAGAAGACCCCUCCACUGGCCGAAACCCGAUUUCUCCAAGUCCCAAAGUCGAUCGAAUCGUGUACGGAAUCCAUCUCGUGUUCGUGCGCGAUCUGUAGUCAAAAAGGUGGUCAAAUUCAAAAGCCAAAAGUCUUCAACCUCUUCAACUUUGGACGAAAAACGCAGCUGGCGAUUGUGGAAGGACCUGCCGAUGACCGCGAAAGUUUUAAACAAGGCAUAUAGUCGCAUGUUGACUUUAUCGGGCGGCAACCCCAACUCUUCGGAGAUAUAGAACGCAUAAAACUUAUUUUGUUUACUGACUCUGGACAAUUCGAAAUCUUCAGAUCAUCGACGAAGCUCAAAUCGCAGCUUUGUUUCACAACAAUAAAUAUUAAUAAAAUAUUUCUUGGGAAACAAAGCUGGUUUUGGUGUUUCGUCCUUGAUCUGCGAUUUUUCUCCUACGCGCAACUUAAAAUAAAACACUGCUUUUGGCUUAAAUAGUCUUAUUAUUUUGUAUAACACUGAGUUUUAAAUCAUACCCACAUGUCAAUCGUGGUGGGGUAUCACCAAAUCUCUUUUUUUUUUGUAAAAUAAAUUAAAACAAAUUGUCCAAAUUGCA